AGAGCUGACCGUGCAGGUGCGUGCGUACUUCCCCACCCGCGUCACAGCGCACAAGGCGCGUAGUAGACGCUUUCCCAAAUCUACCUACCGAUUUCGCUUUCUUCUUCAAGAAGAAUCGCAACGAAACGUGGAAGGCAAAGUCCAACGCUCAACAGAACCAAAUACAUAAAUAUAUAUAUGUAAGCAAACGUAGACGAUAGAUAUCAACGUUGCGUUGCGAGAGGGGAAGAUUACGUUCAAACUACGCUUGAAACUGCAAUAUAUAUAUAUAUAUAUAAACAAACGUCAUUCAUAUAUUUCCUAAGCUCAGGGAGUGCGUCUCUUCUGCACGUCGAGGCGCCUCGUUUUUUUCCCUCUCUUUCUUUCUGCCGAGGCUUUCAGAGUUGUAUAUCUUAUAUACAUAUCCCGAUCACGACGCAGACUCUUCUAGGGGUGAACGCUGUCUCUCGCUAGUAUCUCCCUCUUGCAUUGUUUUCUCCCUUUUGUUUUUCUCCUUCUCCUAUCGCUGCUCAACUAACGCUUCAGCCCCCGCAGCUACCGAUAGUUGUGUUACACACACACACACCUAUAUUUCCUUGUUCCUGAGAGAACUAGGUACGACGCUGGACGUUGCAAGAAUCACAAGAGCGGCAACCGAACGCCAUUGUUUACGUCGUUUUUGGUUUGUCUUCUAAAUACUCUAUUCUUGGUUGUUUUGCCAUAGUCGUUCUCGGCUGACGUAGCUGCAGCUGCAACGGUAUCAUAGCUGUGGAAGAAGCACAGAGGCAGAUUGUUAAGAAGAGGAGAUAAACAAAUGAAUGAAGACAAACACCCCUGCUAGUGAUAGAAUACGCCUCCUACUCGAGUAUCGGUGUGUUCUGAUUUUGUUUGUUUUGGCUCCUCUUGAUUGCUUCUUCACUUUCCUAUAACCGUCAUUUUUUAUCCUUUCUUUUGGUGGUUUCGCUCUUCUUCUCUUCUGUUGAAGAACGCGCUGGUCCCUUCCGUUGUCAUAGAAGUGUAUAUGUCUUCUUCGCUUCCUUCUUCAUUCGGACUCCGUGUCAUCUUUCUAGCUUCUCUUCGCCUUUUUUUUUCUGCUUUCUACAUUCUCACAAGGCAACAGAUCGCAUACGUUGUCUUCGUCAACACAUGUUGGCGAGUGUGUGCGCGCUUUUCCUUUCUUCUCUUCUUCCCUUCUGUGUGUCUGUGUGGUUGCACCCGCUCUUCUCUCUGUCUCGCAGUUUCAUUCCUCUCCAGUUGACCCAGGAAAUAGCCGAACGACGUCCUGCUAUCUACAUUUGGUUAUAUGUAUGUGCAUACGUGAGCGUAGAGGAGAACGGAGGAAAGAAGAAGAAUAACACGUCUCUUUUUCUGUGUAUAUCGUCGUUGAUUCACUUGGGUUUUUUUUUUAAAGCAUAUUAAUUCCUCCUCGCCGCUUUUGUUUUCUCGACUCUGAAACUGUCGUUUUUCGUUUUUCCUUUCUUUGGGCUGAUAUUAUUGUUUUCGGUUGAAGCUUUUCCCGCUUGCUCUGUUCUCAGAUCCUCUCUUUCUCUCAUUUUGUUUUCCUUCUACCUAGUGUCUCGUUUUCAUUUCAUUAAUUAUUUAGUCCAUUACCUUUGACUCUUCUUUAUAAUUGGAGGCAUCGCCCGCUGUUCUCGGGGGUUUUCUGCCACCGUAUAUAUAUUAAUUUGGUUAUGCUUCUGCCGCGUCUCUUUCCUUUGAUAGGAAGGCGUUUUCGUUUUUCUCAGUUGCCGUAGGGAGACAACCGUCGUCUCGCUUCUGCGCGGUGCCACGAAUCUGUUGUUUCGUUGCUGAAAUACUCCUUGCUUUCUUUUUUUGAGCCUUGGAAUACGUGCUCUCUCUCUCACAGCUUUUCUUUUCUGCUGAGAGACAUGGCUAAGGAGGGCGAACUUCGCCACGCCCUUUCUCAUGAGAAGAGGAGUGUGAAGGAGAACGUGGCGAGUCUCCUCACACGCCUACGCUCCCCGUCGUCACCAGAGCGCGACGAUGCCCGCAGUCCGAAGUCGCGCUUGCACACCGCACCUUUUUUUUCGAGUCCGUCGGCAAGCGACAUCGCCCCGCUCUCGGCGUACGCAGAGGAGCCGUCGUGCCGCUCGCCGCCGUCGUCGCGGUCGCCGUUCAACUCGCCGUCCUCCCUCCACAGCGCCACCCCCAACUCGUGCGCGCGUCGAGCCCGCACUGCCACCAAGAUCGGCGUCUCCUUCUCACCAUCGGUGCGGUUUGCCUCGUGCCGGCAGCGCGGCAACCUCGCCAUUCCCCGCGGCGACUACGCCAAUGAAGAGGAUUCGGUGGUGGCCGCAGCCGCUGGCGCAGACGCAGGACCCUAUCCCAUCUCCUUCUUCCACUUCCCCACCAAGCCGGUGUCGCAGGCGUCGAGCGACACGGCCGGCCCUUCGCCGACUCGCUCAAGGGAGUUGAAAGUCUAUUGGUCGCCAAAGAGGCAGGCGGUCGAUGACGAUGACACGGAUAGCGCAGGCAGUCGCACCUUCUCUCUCCCUCGCUCAUCCACACGUUCUCUCUCACCGGUGAAGUCGCCUGUGUCGCUUGACGGCAGUUCCACCUACGACAUAGGCUUCUCGAUGCCGUCGCCGCUGGAAGUGACGCUGCUGGAAGAGGAGGGGACACCACGACCUCAUCAGCAGGCCCCCCGCGCCGCCCCAAGUCCGACCUGGCGGAGGACCCGAUCCCCCGAUGUGGAUCUCCUGGCGUUGGGUCCGCCGGUGCCGAAGGGGCAGCGACGCGCGGAGGCAGCGUGCCUGGGAGCGACCGUCCCGUCCGCCGAGCACACCGCUCUCGCCUCCCGCCUUGUCUAUUCGCAACGGCUGAGCAGUCUCGAUCUGCGUCUGCGGUCGAGGCCGACCGGGGAAGCAAACGACGUCAACGUCCGCUACACGGUUGCGCAGGACGGUGAUGCUCGCGGUGCCGCCGCGCUCGACGACGGGGAGCCGCCGCUGCUGCGGGACCGGUGGUACAACGUCGACGUUUCCGCCAAGAACCUCGCAGCCGUGGCCGCUACCACGUCUGGUAAGAGGAAAGUCAGCACUCCCAAGACGUCAAAAGCCUUUGCCGCUCCGCUGUCGCCACCACCUCUUCCUGUGUCCACACGGAGGACCUGUAGCCAGUUGUCGUGGGCAGAGUCGGGAGGUGAAGCGAGUACGUGGAGUCUGCUGUCUGCUCUCUCUCCCACCCCCCACGACGACCACGACCACUACCUCAACCUCGAGGAGUCGCUUCAAGCUCUCCCACACGCUGCGAGUGCUGCUGCUGUUGGAGCGAACACCACGAACAACAAAGCGCACCAUGGCGGGAUGACGGUGGAGCUUCUGACGGACGACAACGUCUCCUCGGUAACGCUGCGCCGGCGCCGUACUAGCUCUGCCGCCAUCACGAAGUUCAUGGCAGACGUAGCGGCGUCAGAUGCAGCAGCAUCACCGCACGGCCAUCAAUCACGACAGCCGUCCAUGGCCAGUGCGACGGCGUCCGCCAAAUGCUCUUGCAGCUCGUAUUCGUACUCCCUGCCGUCUAUUCCCUUACCGGUAUACGACCGCGCGAUCCCGGCACCCCCUGCCAAUCCCAAGGGACCAACGCCAGUAAAGGCAACGACCACGCCAGCGGCGGCACACAUGAGUACAAAGGCAGCCGUCAAAGAUAUCGGGAACUUGAGCUAUUCCGAUGUCCACGACGUGGUGGCUGCUGACGCGCAUGCCUCCGAGCAGAGUGCCUUUCCCCACACGCUCCUGCGCAAUUCAAAAACGAUCUCAUCGUCGGUUACGGAUGCGGAGCUGAUCCCCACCAAAGCCGCCCAUCACGGUCUUCCACCACCGCCGAAGCCACGUUCUCUCCCCCUGUUGACAACCCCGACGUUGAAACGCAUGUCCACCACCACCCCCGUCUCUUCCUCAACGCUGCGACUUGCUGCUGCUGCUGCAGCGGCGGCUGAAUGUGGGCUCUCUUCGCUGGUGUUGUCGAACACUUCUUCACCUGCCGCACGAUCUAACUCUGCAUCUGGCAGCACCCAUCUCGCACCCGGUGUAUCGGCCGAUGCUAUCACGCACGCAGCGGCGCACUCCGCGUCGCCAAACGGUGGGACGCCCACGCACUCAACGGUGAGGAUCCCUUCGCUUCCUGCACCGUCCAGUCGCUGGUCACCGCGCCGAUCGUUGGAGCUCAACCCGCAGCCGGUGGACGGCAUCAACACGGGACUUGGAGCAACGGCAAAAAACCUUGCACCCCAAACAGCACUUCAAUCUCCGCGUUCCGCAGCCACACCCGUUUCCUCUGGACGCGCCAUCUUACCCCAACGCGGCAACGAGGAAGGCGAACACCGCAACGGCGCGACGCCAUCGCCGUCGUUGUCGUCCGCAUCGCCGCACUCACCGCCAGAGAAUGUGGAAACGAAGCUGCACGUGCUGCGCGGACCUGCGGAAGGGAAAGAGGUGCUGGUGAUUCAGGCUCCUGUGCAUCCAAAUCUAAGUUUGCCGCGUGGGAGCGUCGUGAGGGCGCUAGCGCACGGGCACAGCAGCAGCGGCGACGCUACCCAUCAUUCCUCGCCGCCUCAUACCGCUUCGCAGCUGCCACCAUAA